GCACACUCCAAAUAACUUUCAAAUCUCCGACCCAGCUGACCCCCGAUUCGCAAACGGGCAAUUAUGUGCUGCUCCCAAAAUUUACGAUAACAAUCAUUGCAAACCCAUCUUAUUUUACCGGUCCGUGUAUUUACGACACAUCGUCUACAUGUAUACCUUAUCUCAAAGACACAAGAUCUAGUAUCGAUGGUCAGUUCAAGGUUUGCUGUUUCUAGACUAAUAGAAAAAUAGUGGGGAACUUUCUUCGUAUAAAAGGCCAGGUAGGCUAGAGACCAUCAUCCAGUGUCGGAGAAAGGUGCUAACUCUCUAGUACUAACAAUUAGCUAAGAUCUAGAAUGGCGGCUAAGGUUGUUGUUUUCGUUGCGGCGUUGGCGGCCUGCGGUGCCGUGCCGGUCAUCAUUGACGACGAAUACAUCCCCGGAGUAGUGAUGCGCAUCGGUCGCUCUCCCAACGUCGCCUUCGGUUUCGGCAGCGGCUUCAGCAGCAACAUCGGCGGCAUCAGCCACUCCACUGGCAUGGGCACCUCCUUCCAGAGUGGCGAUGCUCAAGCCUACGGAGCUGGCUUGGGAAGCAGCAAUGGCAAUUACGCCAGUGGUGUUGGCAUAGCCAGCGCUGGACCAUCCUACCCAGUCUAUCAACAACAGCCAGACUACGGAAGACUUCGUAACAACUUCGGCUCCGCUGUCUCCUCAGCUCAAAACUACAACGGCCUUAACUCCGCCGUUUCCUCCACUCAAACUCAUAACGGACUCCAAUACGGAGCAGCGACUUCAGCCGCCCAGAACAACCUUCGUUACCAAUCCGCUGUGGCGUCCGCUCAGAACGUGAGGGGAUUAGGUUACAAUAACGAUUUCGGUUCAGCGGUAGCUUCUUCUGAGCAUUCUGGAAACUACGGCUCAGCUAUGUCUGCGGCUCAAAAUAAUGGGUUGGGACAUUUUGGGUCUGCUGUUUCGGCUGCUCAUAACAACGGACACUACAGAGCUAGCACUGCACAAGCUAUGCAAAACCAUGGAGGUGCUGUUCAGCACAGUGGAGCCUCCAGCGUCAAUGCGCCAGGACUCCAAGCUGCUCAAUCUCAUGCCGUUAACAGCGGCUUCUACUAAUUAUAAGGAAAUUGUGAAAAGACACUGAGACGACUUGUUAAACUUGUCUCAGUGUCUUUUGCAUUAUUGUGUGAUGAAUCUCAAUAAAAGGCUAGUUCUUAAAUACAACAGUUUUUAUUGUUGAACCAGUUUUUCCUUGACAUUUAUAUCUAUAGUCAUAUAAAUA